AUGGAAUCAGUGCGUAAAGCCAAGCAGAGACUACGCAACUAUCCCGUGCUACUGGGAAAAUGCGCUGAUAAAGCAUCAGUCUAUGCCGCAUGUGUAACACGAGAUUUAAAUGUGCAGCAUCAUACUUGCGAUAAGGAAUUUCAACAGUUCAGUGAAUGUUUACAGAAGGCAGCCAAAGAAAUGAAAACUAAAUUGUAAACCGAUAGAUUGAUAUAAAUGGAAAAUUUUCAUAAUACCUACAUAUAAUGGCUAAUGAUAAUCUAUAUGAUGAUUAAAGAAGAGAGUUGAAUGGGUUAAUUAAAGAAAGUUAAAAUCGCA